GCCUCGAGCCAGCAGCAAAAUGCGGUGCCCACCUCUGCUCUUCCUCAGUCUCUUCCUGCUGGGAUGUGUCCUGGAUGUGUCCGUCGCGAACAACGUUGUGGACUGCUGCCUACGGACGAGCGAGAACCACAUCCCAUGGCGGAUCGUGCAGGAUUACCGGCUGCAGCUGGUGCAGGACGGCUGCAUCAUCCCUGCCACAGUGUUCAUCACCAUGAAGGGCAAGCGCCUCUGUGCCCCGCUGGAAGCCCCAUGGGUGAUUCGCCUCCGAGAGAGGCUGGACGCCAGCUCCCCCAGGAAGGGAAAACCGCAGGGCCAGCUGGAGCUGAGGAUCCCAAAGCUCUGCACGAGCUGCUCCCCAUCUGCCCAGCCCCAUCCUGUGUCUCCUAUCACCUACAGAUAG